AUGAGUUAUAAUUGCUUAAAACAUAAAAGUAAAGCAAUCCUCUUUUGUAUUGACGAUAAAUGCUCUAAAUAAAGUAGAUAUAUCUGUAGUAAAUGUGAAAUUAACAACGAGCAUGAUAAUCAUUAAAUAGAAAUGAUUGAAGAAAUACCUAAAAAAGUCAAUAGAUGUGUUUUUUAAGAUGACCCAAAAGAAAAAUUAAUUUCUUCAACAAAGGAACUUAUCAAAUAAAUAAAAUAGAAAUUAAACAAUUUACUGCAAAGAUAUGAAGAGUAAAUAUGCUUACUUGUUAAAGAUGAGUGCUUAAAAGUAGAGAAUUAACUUUAAAAAGGAAAGAAAAUGUUAUCAUCUAAUUUUAAUGAGCUACUAAUUGAGGAUUAAGAGUUAUUUAUUGAUUUAGUAAAUAACAGAAUUGGAUUCGAUUCAAUAGCUUAAAAUGUCAGAAACAGAUAAACACAGCUAGAAUAAUCUAUUUCGUAAAUUUAGUCUACGUUAUAAGAAAGAUUAACCCUACAGACUUUUAAAAAAAUAAAAGCUUUUGAAAUAUAGCUUGACACUAUUUAUAAUAUCCAAGAAAAGUCUUUUUGCAUGUUAAAUGAAGAUGAGUUAGUGGUUGGGGAAGAAGAUGGAAGCUUAAAACUGAUAAAUUUAGAAUAGAAUAAACAAAUUGCUUCUAUUGAACUUAAGCGAGUUGUAUCAAGUUUUUCGUUAGAAAAAAUUAGUUCUUUCUAAGUUGUAGCUUAUGAAAAAUAAUCAGAAUUUUUAGAAAUAGUAGACUUUAAUGCUUUACAAGGAAAAAAUAUAAUACUAUUAAAAAACAAAGGUUUAAUUUCUUGUAUCAAAUCUGUCGUUUUUGGAGAGAUAAUUAGUAUUGGUUAUACAAAUGGCUAGCUAAAAAUAUAUAACUACAAAGAGAAGACUUUUGUUUCAAAAAUAGAUUGCAAUUUUGAUAAUUCAAAUGCUGAUAUGUCUAUACAGUGCAUUGAUAUUCUUAAUGAUCUAAUUGCUGUUGGAGGUAAAAGUGGGUUUGUUAUGAUUUGGAAUUGGAAAAGUGGUUAACUUGUUAAAAUUCUAAAGAAAGCCUUUACAAAUAGUGACUUAUCUUCGAAAAGCAAUACACACGAAGUAAAUAAGGGCAGGUCCAUUAAAAGAAUUUUAUUUGUAAAUGCAAAUGAAAUUCUUACAUAAGGAGAAGAUGUUAACUCGUUUUAAUUUUAUUCACUUAAUAUUGAGAAUUAGCAGUAAUAUCCACUAAGUUACAUUAAUGUGAUUAGAUUCUUAUAACCUUAGGAUUAUCAAUCUAUAAUAAUCAAAAAACCAUAAUAUGAGCUUCCUUUAGACUUUGAAACAUUUUAAAAUGAAUAUAGCAGGGAUAAUAUUAUUUUUAUACAAAAAGAUUUUAGAAAAAAUGGACAAUAUUUGUAGAUUUACUGCCAUUCUACUAACAAAAUAAAAGGUUAAUACUAUUUAGAAAGAAGUUCUUAAAUAGUAGCUGUAUAUCUUACUUCUAAGCAUCUCAUCGUGUUUUAUUAAGACGGAAUCAUAGAAGCAUAUGUAUGA